AUGAAUAUCAGAAGAGAACAUACUUUAAAAGAGAUUGUAGAGGAGCUAGAUGAUGGAUCAAGGUUGGCAAGAUUGAAACAACAGGAGAGAUUUGAUGAAGAGGCUAAAGCAGCACGUGAGAGAUUGGAACAAGAGGCACGUGAUGCAAUCAAGAAGGCAAAGGAGGAGGAGGCGGACAAAUCAAAGAAUAGUAGUAAGCCAUUUGAUCGUCGCGAUUACUCUGCUUCACUGAAUGGUGGCGGAGGCGGUGGAGGCUACCGUCCAUCAAACUCAAUGAGGAACAUUGGACGCUGCUGUGGAAAGUAA